GUUUGGCUGGAGAAGCUCAGUCACCCAAAUCCUUCGUCCCUCAGCUAGGCUACGCCAGCCUGACAACAGAGAACAUUACUGAUGCCCGGCCAGGUCGCCGCUUCCCGCCUCAGAACGGUCCGCAGGUCACCGAACACAAGAGUAUCAGGCUUCCUGCCCUUCCUCUUGCAUUGGCUUCGUUCAAACAGGCCGCUUUCUCCAGCACCCAAUCAGAACGCUCGAUCUUCGUCUGCCGCCCAAUAAGCGCGUGCAAUAAUGGGGGAAAGGGGGACGUGAAGCCCAAUCGAGGCGCCAUCACAGUUGAGGGCAAAAAGAUUAGGAAGCCGGCAUGGCGCUAUGGUCAAUAAAAUCGAUAGCUGGAAGCUGCCUAUGUUCCAGGCAAAGGCACUGGAGUAGCGGCGCCGCCAUUUUUCCCGAAGGCAUCUUCCAGUGCCUUUCACCCAAGUUCGGGCAGGAGUUUCCUGAAUAACAGUGAAAGGUUUCCGUUAGCCCCUCAAGGCGGCCGAGUCCGAUUCCCUUGCGGCCUCUCCAGGCACGCUGGGCCGGGGUUGGCAGGGGCUCCCGAGUUCCGGGGUCCGCCAGCGCCCAGGGACUGAGGCCGGGACCGGGAGGGUCGUGACGCCGACUUCUCUGGGCCAAUGGCACCACCUUCGGCUCCGCUUUCAGUCCUAGGACCAGGAGAGGCCCGACCCGACCGCAGAAGUGGAAGGAGGCCGAGGGCGAUGAAGUUCGCAGACGUGGCCGUUUACUUCAACCGGGAGGAGUGGGGGUGUCUGCGGCCCGCGCAGAGGGCUCUGUACCGGGACGUGAUGCGAGAGACCUACGGCCACUUGGGCGCGCUCGGGUGCGCAGGUCACAAACCAGCCCUCAUCUCCUGGUUGGAACGAAAUACGGAUGAUUGGGAACCGGCUGCCCUGGAUCCGCAGGAGUGCCCAAGGUGGUUAACAGUCCAAAGAAAAACCAGAACCAGAAAGAAGAAUGGAGAGAAGGAAGUAUUUCCACCUAAGGAGGCACCACGAAAGGGGAAGCGAGGACGGCGGCCCAGUAAACCACGACUGAUCCCCAGGCAGACAUCUGGGGGUCCCAUCUGCCCCGACUGUGGUUGUACCUUCCCUGAUCACCCAGCUCUAGAGAGCCACAAGUGUGCACAGAAUCUAAAAAAGCCUUACCCUUGCCCAGACUGUGGGCGCCGCUUUUCCUACCCAUCCCUGCUGGUCAGUCACCGGCGGGCACACUCUGGUGAGUGUCCCUAUGUUUGUGACCAGUGUGGCAAACGUUUCUCCCAGCGCAAGAACCUUUCCCAGCACCAGGUUAUCCACACAGGUGAGAAGCCCUACCAUUGUCCAGACUGUGGCCGCUGUUUCCGGAGGAGCCGGUCCUUGGCCAAUCACCGGACCACGCAUACAGGCGAAAAACCUCACCAGUGCUCUAGCUGUGGACGUCGCUUCGCCUACCCCUCCCUGUUAGCCAUCCACCAGCGCACACACACAGGAGAGAAGCCCUACACCUGCCUAGAAUGCAGCCGCCGCUUCCGCCAGCGCACUGCCCUGGUCAUCCACCAGCGCAUCCACACUGGUGAGAAGCCCUACCCAUGUCCAGACUGUGAGCGGCGUUUCUCCUCAUCAUCCCGCCUGGUCAGUCACCGGCGAGUGCACUCUGGGGAGCGUCCCUAUGCCUGCGACCACUGUGAGGCCCGCUUCUCCCAGCGCAGCACACUGCUGCAGCACCAGCUUUUGCACACAGGAGAGAAGCCCUACCCCUGCCCGGACUGUGGACGUGCCUUCCGGCGGAGUGGCUCCCUAGCCAUCCAUCGCAGUACACACACCGAAGAGAAGCUGCAUGUGUGUGAUGACUGUGGCCGCCGCUUUGCCUACCCUUCACUACUGGCCAGUCACCGGCGUGUUCACUCCGGUGAGCGGCCCUAUGCCUGCGACCUGUGCUCCAAGCGCUUCGCUCAGUGGAGCCACCUGGCUCAGCACCAGCUCCUGCACACUGGGGAGAAGCCCUUCCCCUGCCUUGAGUGUGGCCGUUGCUUCCGCCAGAGAUGGUCUUUGGCAGUCCACAAGUGUAGCCUCAAGGCCCAAAACUGUAGCCCUAGAUCUGCUAUAGGGGGCGCCAGUCAGAAAGGCAAUGCCCUUUAGAAUGAGAAGGACUGUGGGGUCCUUUCAUGGUGGGGUCCAGAGAAGAGAAGCCGCCCCAGGUCAUAUAGGGCAGAGUCAACUAAAACCCAGGUGUCUUGCUACCAGACCUGAACUUCAGUAUAAAUCCACCACACUGGCUGCCUUACUAACUGUGUCUACAAUAGACAGUCCAGUUAAGAGAGGUGACAUCAUUUGGUUAAAGUUUUCCAAGCUACCCUAUCCUAAAAGAAUUUCUGUGUGAAUAUCAGGGCUAAAAGUUCUCCCCCUCUAUUUUAGGGCCUGUCUGCUUUCCUAGUUUGUGCAUACAGGGAUUACCUCUCCCCUUGCAUACAGUCAGGAGAAUCCUAUUUAUAGGGGGCAGAAUCUUCCCUGGCUCUGCCUCUUCCUCCAUAUCAAAAAGAGAACUUGGUUUAGCUCUCUUUUUACAACACUCCUGCCAAGUGGUUUUCUACCCUUGUUUUAAAACCUCCCUCAACAGGGAGCUCACUACCUCACAAGGCAGGUCAUUUCAUUGUGUGAUAGCUCUGAUUUUCAGAAGGCUGUUAAGGGCCACAUUCUCUUUCCCUGUAAGCCUCGCUCACAAUAUGCUUAAUACUUCAUCUACCAGGCAGCCCUUUAGUAAUCACAACUACUUUGCCCCCACAAUUUCAAGUUAAAUAGCAGUAAUUUUGUCAAUCAUACCUUAAAGACAGGGUUUCAAUUCCCACAUGUGAUCUUUCUCCAACUGGCAGUUUUACAGUGUCCCCUUAAAAGGGUCAUAAAAAAUAAGCCAGCCCCACUGUAUACUGUACACCUUCUUGAUCAGUACUUGUUCUAAUAGCUCUAGAUUGCAGUGGAAUUGGGGGUGGUAGCACUGUACCAGAGGCUUAUUGGAUUGCAGACACCUAAAUACCUGAGUUUUUUUUUUUUUAACCACACGCUGGGAGUCUAAAUCUUCCACACCCUGUGUUUGGAAAAUUGUUUCAGUUUGGGUCUAGGGCAUAAGCCCAGUGAGCUUUGGGAGAAUAUUGAUUUUAAGGAGAAAAAAGGAGCUGUGAUCUAGCAGCAAGAAGCAAAACCAGGACCAGUUUGUUAUACUUCAUCUAGUGGAUUUGGAUUAGUUUCAGGUAGCCAGUGGCUGGAAAAUCCUUCAGAACUGGGUCUCACUCCUCCUUGAUUAUCAUUAGAAUAAGGAGACAUCAGCACAGACCCUUCCAUGAGUCCUCAGUCAACAUUUUUCAUUAAAUGAGGUGAGGCCAUUCAAGGAAGUUGGAAAAGUUAGGUAAUUGGAUCCAAAGCAGGAGGAGUCCAAUCAUCAACUUGUGUUCAUGCUUGCCUUGCUCACAUAAGCUCCAUAGGGUAAUGGCAGCAAUGUGUCUUAAUCUUUGAUAUGCCUCCAUGGUGCCCACUCCUGAGUAGGUGCCCAGUAAAGCUAUGCCAAGUUAAAUGAACAAGGCCUACCACUCUGCCUUGGGUAGCUGUACCAAAUUGGAAUCCAAACUUGACUUAUUGUCCACCAGCUGGAGGGGGUCAGCCUUCCCCUGUCAUUUCUUCCUUCAGCUCUCCUGAUCUCAGCCCGAGUUGGGUAGCUGCUGGGGAACACAACAUUUGUAAUUACUUCUGUUCUGGAAUUUAACAAGUUGCAUUGUAACUAUUUGUUUCUCCUCGGAUGAUGAGCUGCCCCAAGGCAGGGGUCAAACCAGAGUGGGUCUCAUUAAAAUGUCAGAUGAAUGAAUUAUGUUCCUUGUGGAAUCACUGUUUAAAAAUUGUAAAUCUUGUUCCUUGACUGAGUAGAAAUUUUGACAGUUCUGAUAGAGACCUACCCUGUCUUAGCAGAGACCUAUUAGAAUGUCUGUGUAGCCCCAUUUCAGAACUGGCUCUUUCCCUACUUUUAUCACCAGGCUGACCCAACUGUUUCCUUAUUUAAGAAUUUUGUAACUUUCUUUGGAAGGUGGAAAAGUUUGUAAGUCACAAAACUUGGGAUCCAUUGGUGGUCAAGUUCUAGUAUGUGGCCUGUGGAGGGCCAAGAUGAGAGACUCUCAUAGGUCCACUUAGGUCCCAGGGUCCAUUGAGAACCAGCUGUGAUCUUGGUCCUGCAUUCAGUGGGAGAUCCCAGUAUCCUUCCAAUAAAUUGCCCUUUCUGCUU